AGCCAAGAAAAUUCAAAUGUCUGCUAAGAAUCAUUUCCGCAGAAUUCUUCAUAAUAAUCCAGAAAUUAUAUCCAGUUAUUUUGAAGCAAUAUUCUCUUUUCCUACCUCACUUGUUUAUUUGCGUACUGUAAGUGAACUCCUGGCAUUCUGCUCUAAGAUGAAACACAAUAAAACUCAAGAAAAGGAGACUAUGAAAAAUGUUAUUGAUCUGUAUGUGAAGACAAUAUUUAUGGUAAAGGUCAAAGCAGAGACAACCUAUUUGGAGGCAAGCUCAACAUUACUUCAGCACAUUGGUCAUGAAGAAUUUAAGGAAACCAUCUUACCUCUAGUACAGAAAUCCCUUCUUCGUAACCCUGAACUGGUCAUCGAAGCUCUUUCGCAUCUUUUAAAAGAUGUUUCAAUUGAUCUGUCACAACAUGCUAUAGUUCUUUGUAAAAGUUUGUCAGCACACCUUUAUUCAAAAGAUGAGUUUAUCAGAGAAGAAGCUGCCUUAUGUGUGGAAAACUUAUCCCGACAAUGCAGUGAUUGGAUGUGCAUUAAGGAAAUGAUUGAAAGACUAUUUGCUGUUCUUCAUGGAGCUGAAGGGAAAUUGACUGUGUGGACAGAUAGAGUUGGUGUGCUGAAAGGUCUCUAUAAUCUUGAAAAUAACUCAGUAAGUGGUUCCUCUCAACUGGAGCAUUUGGCAACUUUGGUUGUUGAGAAGAUGGAAAUAUUUCUGAAACAAGAGGUUAAUGAGAAUGUAAUUGUCCAGGCAUUAACUGUGCUGAAGAAAUGGUGUCUACAUAUCACCAAUAAAGUUCCUGGCAACCUGUUUCAAAUGUUUGAGAAAGCCAUGUUGAACAAAAAGUCCAGUUCAAUGGUCAGAGGAGGAUAUCUUAAUUGUAUUGCAGCAUCUUGUAGAGGUAAUACUUUGAAUCAAGCAGUUUCAACAAUACCGCAACUUCUGAAGACAGUAGAAAAAGUGUUCACUCAAAGUCAUCAACCAAGUGUUAUUUCUGAAGCACUGACAGCUACGUUAAUAUUGAUACAACUUGGGCAAUCAGAUGUUGAAAUUGAUUCAAAACUUCGUUCAUUUUGGGACUGUGUUUUUGAUUCUAAGAGUCAGAUAUUUACUUGUUCCAGCCAGCUGCACCUGAUUCUUGAAAAGUUGAUGAGUCAUCCUGACGAGAAAAUCGGUGUUGAAAAUGCAAGCUGGUGGUUCUCUGGUCUGGUGUUCACCCUGACACAUCAGAAUUAUCAAACUCGCCAACAAGCGAAGAGUUGUUUUUCAAAACUGUGCUCCUUGGCGGAGGAUGGAGGAAUCAAGUUGCAAAUGAUUCUGCUUGAGAAAUUCAGAGAACUUUUAAAUAGUUCAGAGGUCACCUCAUCAAUGCUCAGGAAAACUGAAGUGGUCUCAGAUCAAAAAGUCGAAAAUGAAAACACAGUGAACUUCUCACCAAGAAUUCUUGCUUCAGUUCUUGAGAAUAUUGUCACCAUCCCACUUAAAGAUCGUGACGACAAGAAAUAUGCUCCGAGCGUUAUGAUCUGCGUUUUAGAAGACGCUCAUCAUCCACUUAUAGCUUCAUCCAACCCAACUCUGUGGAGAGAUUUGACUCUGCAACUCAAGUUGAAUAUUGAGGAAUUGAUCAAAAAUAAUAAAGACGAAAUAUUGAAAAUGUUUGUGUCGAGCAAAAAUGUAAAGGUACUUCCAGCCCUCAUACGAACUUUACUUAUAGAGGCGGAGAGUAUUAUAUUUGAUGACGUGAUGGCUUACGUCAUAAAAACGUUGCGAAAUUCCAAGUUCGAAACUGUGACAGACGAGGAGUUUGGAAUUUUCAAUACACCAGAAGGUGUUCUAUACGAUCAGUCGAGGGUCAUGGAAAUAAAGGAAGGUGAACGAUUUCAGCAUCAUAAUAUGAAGCGAGAGUCGAAAGCGUAUUCCUACGAGGAACAGUUGGAGGAAUUGCAACUCAGGAAGGAAUUAAUGAAAAAGAAGAUAUCAAGUGAAAAUGUUGAAAUGACGAAGAAAGAACGUGAAGCGAUGAUGGCACAACUCGAGAAAGAAAAUGAAGUUAGGAAAAGAAUUGAAGAACUCGAUAUAGAAAUCAGUCAUGCUUGCCUGGUGGCUCAGACAGCUGUUUCUACGAAAGCUCCUUCGUUGAGACAACACAUCCCUAUCUUACUUCAAUCUAUUACGUCACUGUUUAAGUCCCCUUUGGCUGCACCACGUGUUCUGCACGUUUUUAUCACGCUUGGAGAUAUCGUGUUUCCAAAGAAAAUUCAUUAUUUAGGUGAGUAUAACAUGGCUGGACAUUACAACUGCACCAAGCUCGUUGUCCAUUGCGUUUACGUUGGGAAGAAAAUAUUUGGCUGCUGGGGUGGAGAGAUGAUUAACGAUCUUUAUAACACAACUAUUUCGUCCGAAGAAAGCUUAAAAUCUGCCAGGCUGGGUGAUGAAAAGGAACUGUUAAUGUACUGGUCCGAGCAACCUUCCUCGGGCGGAAAUGUUAGAUUGCUUACAGAAAUUAUUCAACACCAUUCUGACUCCGUCACAACUUCUAAAAUACAACGCCUGGGUUGUGUCAGUAUGGUAGAGUUAUCGAAAUCUUCAAGUGGCGAGGAAGGCUGUACGAUUGCUUCAGAUGAAGAAAUCAAUGUUCUUCUCUCGUCACUUUAUUCCUCCGUCUCAUCUCUUCGCUAUGUUGCUAUACAAUGUCUUCAAGCUCUAAACUUAAUUUUACCGAACAUGGAACAAGAUUCGGAGGUCCAUCCGGUGGUACAAAGAGUUUGGACGACAAGAUUUGACAGCGAUAGUGAAACAUCAAAAUUCGCAGACAGACUUUGGAACGAAAUGGGAUAUUUUGUCCAAGAGGGAUUAUGUCGCAAUCUGGCGCAGGAUGUUAUAUGUGAUGUGGAUGAUAUACAGGAGUCUGCUAGCCUUGCCUUGUGUGAGGCUGUAAAAGAACAUCCAAGUAUCACGGAUGAGAUCUUGGUGCAACUUAUUGAUGUUUACAAAGCCAAAUUAAAGCUUCCAGCCCUGAAGCGAGAUGAACUUGGAAGGAUCGUUGGAGACAAAUAUCCAGAUCGUUGGAAGGAAAGGCGCGGGAUUGCGAAGGCACUUCGUGACAUGGCUACUUUAUUCACAGAUGACGAGGUCGUUAAAUUAUUUACCUUUUUCGUCCCCACGGCCCUCGGGGAUUGCAAUGAACAUGUUCGAGGGGAAAUGUUAAAAGCUGCAUUGGUUGCCGUCAAUCAUUUGGGAAAGGACAAUACCUCAUCUCUGUUGGAAAUAUUUGAAGAGUUCUUUGAUAAAGCUCCAGAUUCCUCCUCACAUGACACUAUUCGCCAGUCCGUUAUCAUAUUGAUGGGAUGUUUAGCAAAACAUCUUGACAAAGAAGAUCCAAAGGUUCAUCCAAUAAUAGAUAAACUACUUAGCGCUCUGUCGACACCGUCUCAACAGGUUCAGGAGGCGGUCUCAAACUGUCUUCCUCCUCUUGUCCCAGCAAUCAAGGAAGAAGCACCCGAUAUUAUAAAAAAUCUUUUAACAAAAUUACUAGACUCAACGUAUGGCGAGCGUCGUGGAGCGGCGUAUGGGCUAGCUUCUCUUGUGAAAGGCUUGGGGAUAUUGUCGUUAAAACAACAGAAUAUAAUGUCAACUUUGCAAGACGCUAUACAAGAUAAAAAGAACUACAGACACAGAGAAGGAGCUUUAUUUGCAUUUGAACUUCUCUGCCACAUCCUUGGACGAUUAUUUGAGCCAUACAUAGUUCAUGUCCUUCCUCAUCUUUUACUCUGUUUUGGCGAUGGAAAUCAAUUCGUCAGAGAUGCAACAGACGACACGGCCAGAGCUAUGAUGAGGAAUCUGAGUGCUCAUGGAGUUAAACUUGUUUUACCAUCGCUACUUAAAGCACUCACAGAAGAUGCCUGGAGAACAAAGACAGGGAGUGUUGAGCUGCUUGGUGCGAUGGCGUAUUGCGCCCCAAAGCAACUUUCCUCUUGUUUACCCAACAUUGUGCCAAGAUUGAUCGAAGUCUUGACAGACUCUCAUAUCAAAGUACAGAAAGCUGCAGCUCAAGCGCUCAAACACAUUGGUUCUGUCAUACGAAAUCCUGAAAUACAAGCCAUUUCCCCUGUUCUUCUGGAAGCUCUGAGUGACCCAACAUCGAAAACCACUGAAGCGCUUCAAGUUCUCUUAAUGACGUCAUUUGUUCAUGUGAUUGAUGCGCCGUCAUUAGCUAUAAUUAUGCCCAUCAUUCAUCGGGCUCUUGAGUCUAGAUCUACAGAGACGAAGAAAAUGGCGGCACAAAUCAUUGGUAAUAUGUACUCAUUGACUGAUCAGAAGGAUCUUAAUCCAUAUCUGUCUUCAGUAAUGCCAGGUCUUAAGCAAGCUUUAUUAGACCCAGUCCCUGAGGUUCGCGCUGUGUCAGCACGUGCUCUUGGGGCUCUUGUCAAAGAACUGGGAGAAGGAAAUUGUUCAGAUCUUCUGCCAUGGUUGAUGGAGACUUUGAUAUCUGAAACAAGUAGUGUUGAUCGCUCUGGUGCGGCACAAGGUUUGAGUGAGGUGUUGUGCGGUUUGGGUUUUGAACGUCUUUCACAGUUGAUGCCAGAUGUGAUCUCUGCAACAGAGAGGGCUGAUAUUGCAGCACAUAUCAAAGAAGGAUAUUUAAUGCUCUAUCUUUAUCUGCCGUCGACGUUUGGCACAGAAUUUACACCUUUUGUUGGAGAUAUCAUUCCUUCUAUACUCAAGGGACUUUCAGAUGAAUCAGAGUUCGUACGUGGUACUUCACUUAAGGCUGGUCAAAGGAUCGUCAGUCAGUAUGCAACGACAGCCAUUGAGGUAUUCUUACCUCAGUUAGAACAAGGAUUGUUUGAUGAUAAUUGGAGGAUACGUAUAUCUUCCAUCCAGUUAAUGGGAGAUUUGUUGUAUAAGAUAUCGGGUGUUUCAGGCAAGAUGACGACAGAAGGAGAGGAAGAUGAUAACUUUGGAACCUCCCAUUCAAAUCAGGCGAUCAUAGACUGUUUGGGAUAUGAGAGACGUAAUCGAGUGUUAUCAGGGCUGUACAUGGGUCGCUCUGAUGUCUCGUUACCAGUCCGUCAAGCUGCUCUUCAUGUGUGGAAAGUUGUCGUACCCAAUACACCCCGAGUCUUGAGAGAAAUCUUAUCAACUUUGUUUUCAUUACUACUGGGCUGUUUAGCCAGCACUAGUCUGGAUAAACGACAGAUCGCUGCUCGAACACUGGGAGAUCUUGUACGCAAGCUGGGAGAGAGGAUAUUGCCUGAAAUUAUACCGAUUUUAGAGCGAGGGUUGGAAAGCAAUGAAGCCGUUGAGCGACAAGGAGUUUGCAUUGGUCUGAGUGAGAUCAUUGGCUCAACAAGCAGAGAACAGGUUUUGUUGUAUGUGGAUUCGGUUAUCCCCACAGUUCGCAAUGCAUUGUGUGAUCCACUGGCAGAGGUCAGAAGCUGUGCUGCUCAAACGUUCAAUAAUCUGUACAAAACAAUCGGAGUCAAAGCGAUCAACGACAUUAUUCCUAUUCUUCUUGUGAAACUGAUUGAUCCUGAUCAACAUGAGAACACUUUGGAUGGACUUCGCCAGAUCAUGUCAGUUCGAAGUAAAGAGGUUCUACCGUUUAUCAUUCCUCAGCUUAUCGCCGCACCUGUGAAUACCCAAGCCUUGGCGUCCAUGUCGUCUGUUGCAGGAGACGCUUUAACUGAUCAUUUGUCUGACAUCCUUCCUGCUCUUUUACGAUCAAUCAGCCAUGUUUCAUCUCCUGAUCAACAGUCCCAGAAUUUGGAGAACUCUCGAACACUGAUAUUGGCAAUUCGAAAUGAUUCAGGAACUCAAAUUGUGUUGGAUGUUUUGAUGAAAUAUUGCAAAGAUGAAACAAUUUCGAUAAGAAAGGCUGCUCUAAAUCUGUUACAUUCAUAUUGUACGUCAACCAAGGCAGAUCUAUCGCAAUACACUCCUGCGUUGCUUCAUUCUAUCAUAUCACGAUUCAACGAUUCGGACCAUGAAGUUGUUGAGAUCAGUUGGAAUGCUUUAAACGCCGUAACAAAGAGACUUGGUCCACCGGAACAAAUACAACACAUUCCUCAUGUUCGUCGAGCUAUCAGAUAUAUAUCUGAUGAUCUAGAGGAUAAUUAUGAACUUCCUGGCUUUUGUCUUCCGAAGCCCAAGGGCAUUACCCCUUUACUGCCGAUAUUUCGGGAAGGAAUUCUCAAUGGGGCUCCUGAUGUUAAACAAGACGCGGCUGAAGGACUGGGUCAGGUUAUAAAACUGACAUCAGCAUUGGCCCUUAAACCUUCAGUCGUCAGUAUUACUGGACCUAAUACGCAUCUUGACCGUUUCAGCUGGAAUGUUAAAGUGCUGUACUUCAGAACCUUGGGAUUGCUUUUAGUCAAGGUAGGAAUUGUCUUAAAACCUUUCUUACCCCAGCUGCAAACAACUUUCAUAAAGGCGUUAAAUGAUCCAAACAAAAUAGUCCGUGAACAGUCGUCGACAGCUUUACAACAUUUAGUUAAACUGCAUUCCCGAGUUGAUCCUCUAUUUACUGAACUGCACAAUGGAAUAAAAAAUACAGAAGAUAAUCAAAUCAGAGAAACUAUAGAACAGGCAUUGCGUGGAAUUCUGUUCAGUGUUGGUAAUAAGAUGGGAGACAAUGUUCGGCAAAAUUUAACACAAACCUUGCUUUCGUUCCAAAGUCAUGCAGAGGAAACUAUUCGUAUUGCUUCUGCUGGGUGUCUUGGGGCUUUGGCAAGAAUUACUCCUGAUGACGAGUUAACCAGUUUGGUGAAAACUGAUAUUUUAGUGAGCGAUUCAACGGUUGAGUGGACAUUACGUCAUGGUCGAUGUCUAACAAUAUCUGCGUUGUUUUAUGAUUGCUGUGAAAGAUUGAUUUUUCUUAAUUUAUUCGAAACUUUACUUCAACUGACAAACACACUCUCUUCAAACGACCGGAUUCCCAUUUGUAAAACAGCAAUAAAAUGCUUGGGCUACGCAGCUGUCAACUGUGUAAAAGAAAGAGAUUUUCCUGAGGAGAUUAUUCCAUCAAUAACUAAGGGAAUACAACAUUCAUCUUUGGAUAUUCAAGUUUUGACUUGUGACGCCAUCUACUAUAUUUCCGAGAAGAUACAUGACAUACCAGUAUCAUUUCUUAAAUCUACCAUUUCUGGAUUACUUCCUUUAUCGAAAGAAAAAAACACAUCAUUGAAAUUUGCCGCAGAGAUGGCUCUUGUUUCCUUGUUGAAAUCUGGUAAUGAUCGGUUUCAGAAAUCUUUGACAAGUCUUGAUGCAUCAACAGCAAACAUCCUCAAUGAAUUUUACAAGAAAACAAUUCCUAGAAUAUUAGAACGCAACGAUGCUGUCAUCUGCGAGCUAGAUGAUCCCUUCUCAUCUGAACUGUGAUGAAGUUUUAACAUCAUUUAAAAGUGGUUUCCGCGAGCAGCGCACUCUUCAAAUGCUCCCCAAGAUAAUGCAAUUAAACUGGGCUGAAUAUGAUGUUGACUUUUAAUUUAACACGGGAAAAAAUUCCGCAAGAUUGUCCUUUUUUGAAACGUUAUUUUUACGUAACUACCUGAAACAUUUUAGACUAAAUCCAACGUGGCUCUAAUAAAAUCAUCAAGUCGCGUGAAAACAAGUCAAGAGAAUAAAAACAAUUGAAUUACCGCUGUGUCCUAAUUUCUCAAUCAAGCGAAUUAUUCAUUCACUUCUUGUAAAGUGAUACAUGUUUGCAAAAAAUUAAAUUUACGAUUGCAAUUAUUAUGCACAAAAAUGCAUUCAAAAUAA